AUGGAGGCGUUGCUGUCUCAAGAACAUGAAGAAGGACAGAAAAAUGCAGAUCCCUACUACGAAGUGAUAAAAAAGGCCGAGCACAAUGGACGUGUACGUCUUUUUGGGAAAGUUGUGACCAAGAGUGAUUUGAAGAAUAGAGGCAAAGCUUCGGGAUAUACAAUUCCUGAAGAGUUCCUACAAAGCAUCCAAGCAAUGUUAAUUAAACAAUUUCAAGAAGCUAAUCCUGGAAUGAAUCUCGUGGUUCCUGGAUCCUCUACUAGAUCUAUUCCAAGGGAGUCAACUAGUGAUAGGUCACACGUUAACGAAGAGAGAAGUGGGGAACAGUCUUCUGUUGGGACACAGCUAGAAAAUCAGGUUGUUGAAGAACAAAUGAAUUAGAUAUGGAGGAAGUAUAACUUUUUGGUGGUGCAUGUAUCUCAGAUGUGUAAUUAGUUGGCCGUUUUGAUGUAUUUAUGUGUGAUCUUAGCUACGUAAGAAACUUGUAAUACGUUAUUAUUUUUUGGGAACGUGUGAUACGUUUUUAUCUUUUGGAAUACUUAUAUAAGUACUAGCAAAUUAAAGUACUUAUAAUUAAAUUCAUUUGUAGAUAUUCAAGUGAUUG